AUGAGCAAACGCGAACGGUCUUCCCCAAGUCCACAGCCCGAGCCAAAACAACGGACUACGGAAAGCAACAUCACCGGUGCAUAUCUGUGGGCCAACAAGUAUGGAGACCCCCCAGGAACGAUUUGGAGUCGAGAAACUAUCGCAGAAGCAAGCAAGCUGCAAGCUUCCGCCCACAUGUGGAACGACAUGCGGCGACUAAGGCCUCUGGCCAAUGCCUUGCCCGUGAUAAAAGAUAAGUUCACUGCCGAAGAGAUCCCACAUUUGCAACAGAUGACCAAGGACAUUGAGGAAGAGAUAGAGAGAUUAAACCGACUUCUCGGUGAUUUCAGCGAAGGAGGCAUCUAUCGCGUCCGCGACAUCUUCGGGGAAUGGCACACAUUUCCGUUCCCGGAAGUGCGACCUAGGCACAAGCUCAUCGUGCGAGUAUUGGGCGUCGUUGCCUUCUCCCAAAAUUUCGACGACAAUAACGACAUCAAGACCGAUAACCCGAAACAAAAGUGUCUGUAUGAUCUGGAACCUAUGCCGCUCUCUAAGCACGACCUGUGGAGGCAGUGCGACACCUACGAAACGCCGCCGUGGGAAUUCUGGAUGCACGAAUGGGAAACCGGGAAUUUCCACUUGAAGCGCUAUGUGUGGCGCAGAAACAUUCAAAAGCCGAUCGGAAUAGACUUCGUUCAUGAGUGGAGGCACAUAAGGGAGUUGUCCGCGGACCAGCGGAAGGAUGCAAAGCACUGGGCUAGCCACUGGAAAAUGUUAGCGGAUAGGCUCCGAUCCUACAUCAAGGAGCAUAGGGAGCGACUCAAGAACGUGGAUAAGGUUAUUUGCUUUGCCCUAGGGCCCCUACACUACGGAUUUUCGAAAUGCUUCGUACAGCACAUGGCAGCCAACACCGUCCGCGAGGUUCUAGAAGAGCUAAAGAAGACUAAAAGAACACAGAAGAACAUCGGGGUCGUCGCCCAAGAUCCGGCGUAUUGCAAGCAUUGCGCGCACGUGCUUCAAGAAACACUCUCCAUCGAAACCACCACGGACUUCGAAGCCUUCUUGGAAGUGGGCCAGAAUACAUUUGUGAUUACAUUUGCGCCUAGCGCCCCCGUUUGCGGCAUCAUCGCAGAUCUGACUCUGGAAGUCGGGGGCCCGGCUGCAAUGCUGUGCGACGAGAUCGAGGACGACUAUCUGAGGCCGGAGUGGGAUGAUACGCGCUGGAUCGAUGCCGAACCCACCAAGAACCUCGUCGCCUACAAGAGACGCUGUAGCAUAAAGGAAUUUGGGGACACCAAAGACGUGAUGGGCAUGUCGUAUCAUGAAUUCAUGGCAAGAUACCCCAUCGUCCCAGCAGAGCUGCCACAUGAUACGCCAAACGAGACGGAAAUCUGGGAGGAAGUGAAGAAGGUGUAUAGCCUCUCUUUCAAGUCAAAUUUCCAUGAUAUCUUUUUGUAUGUGAGGAAGAAGUCAGUAGCCCCAACUGGGAGCAGUUGA